UUAAGUUAAUUGAUCACACGUACAAAAAGGGUACGUUUCUAAAGAAACAGUGGCGCUGCGUCGGUGGGAGAGUAUAACAGGGUAAUUUAAUUUAAUCAACUGAGUUGAUUUUGUAAAUUGGCAACCCUAAAGAGUUUCUUAAGCUGACAUUUCGGGCAUCAGCUCUCCGUCAAAGCGAAUGAUAAGGAGUUGCUUCCUAUAUAGGUGUAAUUUCCCUUUCCACUGAAAACGUUCAUCCUUUCACUCCAUAAAGAGUUAUCAGCUUCAGUUAAAUGAAAAGGAGAAAGACGCCCAGUGUUCGCAGGCCCGAGUGUAGGUUGCGAGACAAAGUUAUUUUUCAUUGAUGUGUUUUUCCGUGACGCUGGUCCCCGCGCUGACGUACAGAGGACUGGGGGUGAAAAUUCAAUCGAGACUCAGUCACGCUUCAGCCGUGACAACUUCGCAUGUAAUGUUAUUUUUUAUUCAAAUUUCAAAAAUACCGCUGUCUCGUUUUCCAUCCGAUUUAUAAAUCGAAUUAAUACAGCCGACAGAUAAAUUUUUCCUUGAUUCACCGCAGAUCUCACAACAGAAGCCAUGUCUGUCGGAGAAGAAAACUGGCAAACGACAAGACCAACCAUAAGAGAGAGAGCCAAGUUUGUUUUCAACAACGAUCGCCUCAGCGAUAUCAAGUUCGUUGUUCGCAAGAUGGAUGGUGAAAGCGAAAGUAAACAAGUGAUUCCUGCUCACAAGUUCGUGCUGUCGAUCAGCAGUCCUGUUUUUGAGUCCAUGUUUCACGGUGAGUUGGCGGAGACUAGAGACUCUGUUGAACUGCCUGACUGUGACUACGAGAGUCUCUUGGAGUUGUUUCGUUUCAUGUACAGCGAUGAAGUCAACUUGAGCGCAAGUAAUAUCAUGGGAGUGUUGUAUUUAGCGAAGAAAUACAUGGUGCCGUCACUAGCUGAGAAGUGCUCGGAAUAUCUACUGCAGAACUUGGAUCCAUCCAAUGUUUUCAGUAUCCUUCCAUCCGCACAGAAAUAUCAAGAGAAAGACCUGAUGGAACGAUGCUGGAAAGUGGUCGAUGACCAGACGGAACAAGCUGUGAAAUCGGAUGGAUUUGCAUUAAUUGAGAGGUCACUACUUACAGAAAUAAUAAUACGAGACACUCUCAUGAUCAAAGAGAUCGAUCUGUUUAAAGCUGUUGACUUGUGGGCCACUGAAGAAUGUAAGAGGCAAGGUUUAGAGGCGGUAGGUGCAACAAAAAGAAGAAUCCUUGGAGAAGAAAUUGUCAAAGCAAUACGCUUCCCAAUUAUGAAACUGGAAGAUUUCUCAAGUGUUGUUUUAGCCAGUGAUGUUCUGACAAAAGAAGAAAUCGUCAGUCUCGUCAGACACCUGACUUCUGUCUCCAAGUCGGGAUUUUUCGAAACAAUAAGAUCUGGUUCUACUACGGCAAUUCAAACAUGUUGUAGAUUCAACUCAUUACCUGAUAAUAAAUGGAAUUAUGGUCGCCACCCAGAUGUCAUCAAUUUCACUACAGACAAAGACAUUGCCUUAUGCGGAGUACGCUUCUUUGGUCAAAAAGACAGUAAUUACUUGGUAGAUUUCAACCUGACGAUGGUCGAAGCUGCAACAGUGUUGAUGUCUUUGCGAAUAGAAUCAAUUCAAACAAAACCAUUGCAAGCCGAGAAAUAUAGUUACACCGGUUUUGAAUUGAUUUACAGCACAAAAAUCAUGUUAAAGAAAAACACCCGGUACCGUUUAAGUGCUUUAAUAGCGGGUCCUACUUCAGAGCGUGGAAUGGACGGUGUCAGUUCUGUUCAGUGUUCAGGGGUAACUUUCACAUUCAUGAACAGUGACAUCCCAUAUAAUAAUGGAAGUGGUGUUUUUGACGGGCAGUUUCCCGAACUGAUCUUUUGUCUCGAAUAAUCAGUGAAUAGUAACAUACGGCUUCGCUGUUAAGCAUCUGAUGAGUAUUGGGAAGAUGAGAGGCCCUAACUCCGACUGAAAACUCGCAUUUUUUCGUUUUCUCCACGCUAAAAACAAAAAUUAUCUCUAUCACUUUCUCCCCAUCAUUCA